UAUCGACCUAUAAAGCAACAUCGAUGAGUAUAUACCAUCUCUAAGCAAUAGAUUUUCUAUAUAAAACAAAAUGGUACAUGGAACCGGAAGUUUUGGUGGUGGUGGUGGUGGAGGCGGAUUUAGCGGUGGUGGGGGAUUUUCUUUCACGACAACUACAAUCCACACCCAUCACUUACAUUCAAGGAGAAAUCAUGGCGAAGAAGGGGACUGCGACUGCUCGUGGAUAUGUGUGUGUUUCUGCUGUCGCGGACAAUCUUUUCAAGUCCGAAUUUGCACGUUAUGGACUUGGAUCGUAGCAAUAAUUCUGACAACUUCUUUGAUAACAGUUUUCCAUGUGAACAAGACACAAAAUGUUGAAGCUACGGUAACAGAUAUGCGAAAGGUUCCGAAAAAGUUUUCGGAAACAUUUUGCGAUGGUGUAACCAUAACGUCACACAAAUCGACGUUUAACGCAUAUUUAAUGGACGGAGAACCCUCUAAUUAUCUAGAAGGAUUACAAAAUGUAACAUUCAAGAAGAAAACGCAAAUAAAAUACAAUAGUUAUGAAUACUGGGGGUUUUACUUGUUGGCCAACUCCAGGAUUCAAAUCUCUGCAUGCCCGGAUUCUUCUCUAGAAUUUAUAAUAAUUAAAGGUGAAGACGAUUUCAAAAAGUUUAAAAACGACGAAUGUUUUUACACGUGUAGUGUUUUAAGUAACUCUUUAUAUUGUUAUUCUAACAAACCUGCUGUGUUUCAUUACACAGUCAAGGCAGAUGAUGAGUAUUACUUAAUAUUUGCAAAUCGAUAUAUCAUGCCAUACCCAACCGUUCUGGCGGUCAAUUUCACGUUGGACAAGCGUUUGUAUGAUCUCUCGAAUAAUGUGGCGGAAUGUACUAAUUCUCAGGCUUCUCCUUCCUGCACUCUACAUUUCCCAUCACUUCACAAACAUCCAUCUAUCGUUCUAAAUGUCACUUCCAGUUCCGACACUGAAGGAGAUGCUGAAAUUGAAGUAACUUGCAUUUCGAGGAAAUGGGUAUAUGUGAUGAUAUUUUUUCUAAUCCCAACAGUACUUGGAUUAUUAGGAACUAUUCUUAUUGUAAAAAAAUACCGAAAGAAAUCAACACAGGCACCAACUUCGACUCGUUCUUCCGCUCCUUUCAAUGCACUUCCGGAUGUUUUGGAAGAAAGUCAGGAACCAUCCGUUCCAGCUGCAAGGUCUGGAUACGGGGCAGUGAUGUCGCCUCCCAAAUAUAAGGAGAACGGGGGAGCUCCGCCAAGUUAUGAAGAAGCUACAAAGAAGUGAAAUUGACAUCCUUAUGUGAGCACAAUUUUACUUUGUGUUCACAUUUUUGUAAUACAAUUGAACAUGUCAUUUAUAAUUUGAUAUUCUAGAGAAUAGAAAGUGAUAUUUUCUCUGGAAACUCUUUUCUGUUUUAAUUUGUGCCAUUUCCAGACUCUUAUAAAUUAUCAGAUAUCUAUACUACUAUAUUAAAAUAAUGACUCGAA